AAAUCAGUAUUUUUCGUACCAUCGGCGUUAAAACACAUGUUCAGCGAUUUAUUGCGGGAGUGUAAACUAAUCUGAAAGAGCAAAAACAACAACAACAACAGCAGCAUCAUAAUCGUCGGCAAAGCAACAACAACGCCUCCAGAAAAUUUUAACACGUUGACGCUUUUUCUAGUGUUUAUCGCGAGCGGAAAAGCUUACUAAGCGCGUAACAAGAACAAGCGAGACCCCGAAAUCUUUUUUCAUCUCGGUCUUUGCGUCUUUGAGUGUGCGUGCCAAAAUUCAAAUACGUCAUCGACGCGCGCAGCGUUAGAACGAAAGGAAAGAAAUAAUUGAUAUACACAAAUGACAGCGAAAGAUUGAAUUCAAUUGCAGGAGCAACAAAAAGCCAAACAAAUUGAGGAAAAAAGUCCCCCCACCGCACAGUGACUACUUCAAUUAAUCGACUUGUUAUUGUGUAGUAGCGUAGCAGUCCGCUUCUUGCCAUUCACCGCGAAACGCAGGCACACAAAAGAACGUGCAAAACAGCUGGGACUCGGACUGAGAGUAACGGAACGUCGAGCAACAAGUGCAGCAGCAGCAGUAGCAGUAGCAACAACAACAACAACAACAACAACAACAACAACAACAACAACAACAACAACAACAACAACAACAACAACAACAACAACAAAAACAACAACGACAACAUCAACAACACAAAGCCCUUUCAAUUGUGGGAGAGAGAGGAAUAUGUGUCUGUGUGCACUCCAAUAAAUACGAAGACAACGGCCACUUUUGUUGUUGCCACAAUCAAUUAGAGUGAUAGCACGCGGCAGAGGAAAAGCAGCGCCGCAGCAGCAUCCGCAUCAAUUUGCUGUCAGCAUCUGAAUCUUCGGGUCGGCAUUAUUCCGAAAAGUGUGAGUGUGAGCGUAGUUGCUCCCGUUCCGCCUCCGUAAUCGCAAGUGCUUGUUGUUAUUGUCGCAGUCGUCUGCGAUCUGCGAACCGCGAUCUUUGCCUGUGUUUGUAACGGCGACGUCGUCUUGAUUGGAACGCUCUGUUUCUUGACUUUUUUCGUACUUUUUUAAUUCCGAAACUGGUGUAUCUGUAGUUUCCCGCUAACGGCGAAAAUUCACACAACUCAUUGAUAUUUUAACCUCGUGUCCGCGUUGGCUGCCGCUCGACCAAGGUUCUGCCACACAAAAUGCUUGUCUCUUUGGGCUUUUCGAAGCCUCGCUUCGUCGGAUUAAAAGUGCUCCUCUAGCAAGUCCGGCCACAUAAACAAGAAAACCCAAAACUUGAAAACAUAACCCAUUGAAUUGGCAGAAAACGUUAUCACCACCCACCGAAUCGUACCGUUAUCGUUAUCGCGAAACAGAAUCCACAGAUAAAAAACGUUCCGUUUCGCUUCGUCGUAAAUACAGUGCUAAAUCGUGUGAAAUAAACUAAAAUCGCUGAAAAAACAGCCUAAUUUGUCUAAUGAAAGCCGAGAGCAUUUGUGAAUAAUUAGCCCCGAAAAAAACCUGUUCGCAGUCACCGCAAAAAUUAGGCUCCAAUAAAAAGUGACGAUCUAAGAAACUGGCAUCUCGCCCGCUUGAUAUAUAACACCCCAACACAAACGUACAUUUCGCGAUAACACCUAUACUAAACAAAAAAAAAAGAGAGAAACCAAAUCCAGCGAAUCAACUUCACAGUAAAGUCGCAAAGUCAGUGCAAGCCAGAGCUAAAUCGUCGAGCAAACCUAGUAGUUGUGCGUACAUCCAGUCGUUAAAUCGCAAAAAGUCUACGGAACCACCCCCACAAUCGCAAUCAUAAUCUUGUGCUAAUACGAUCAGAAUAAUGUGAGCAUUCUGACAGUGUAUAACAAAACAAAGUUACAUAAUCGCCGUGUAAAUCCAAUUUUUUUGGAAACGAACCCCCACAAGUGCCCAAUUGGAAUGUCGAAUAUCUGACAGCGACCAAACAAACAGCGAAAUCAGUCGAAGCCAAACUCAAAAGAGAACCAACUGCAGAAGGAAAGCAAGCGCAGCCUGUUAUCAGUGAAAUAUACACACAUAUAUAUUCGAUUUCAGCGUAAACAACUGCUAUAUAAUGUCCGUCGCCAUCUGACAGUGGUCCAAACAACCAGCACAAAGAGCUAGAAGUAGCCGCAACCAGUGAUAAGUUUCACCAGAGCGAGUGAGACCUGUACUGUAGAACCAACCCAAGACACUUAAGCUUGCAGCACGGGCAAACCAAUUCAGCGAUAAAUGGAGAAAUCUGAAAUACGACUGCAACGCAUGUCUAAUGAAUAUCAGUCGAAAUCGAGCUAUAUGUAUCUCCGGACCAAAAUGCUGUUAAAAAUCGAGAACACCCUACUUCGAAGCCAUCGUCAGCGCGAGACCACCGGUAUCAAGAAACUAUACAAUUCGUUUUUCGUAUUGUUUUAAUUUGCCCCCCGGCCAGUCCCAAACCCUCUCAAAGGCCCCAAGAACA